AUGUCUCAACCUGAGUCGUCCCUGGCUUCUACCUUAGCAGAAACCUCUUUGGUAAAGCAAGAGUGUGAUAUUAGUGAUCCUGUUCAUGAUUUUGCUUCAAGUGAUUCAGAGAUGGAAGCAAAACGAAUAGCAAAGGUUGCUAAUCUUGCUAUGGCAGAACUCCUUAAGCUUAUGAGGAUUAAUGAGCCUUUAUGGGCCAAGUCUUCAUAUGGUGUGCCGGGAUAUGUUCUCGUUCGUGAAAGAUAUGCAAGCAUGUUUCCUAGGGUUGAUAGCUUGAAUAGUCCUCCUCACACUACUCGUGAAGAAUCUUCAAAAUAUUGUAGAGUAGUGAGAAUUAGAGCGAGGAAAUUGGUUGAGAUGCUUUUGGAUUCGGAGGAAUGGGUUAAUCAUUUCCCAACAAUAGUUUCAAAAUCAGAAACAGUCAAAGUGCUUGAUGUGGGUUCAUUGGAGAAUCGAAAUGGAGCAUUGCAAGUGGUGUGUGAAAAAAUGCAGGCUAUUUCACCGCUAGUGUCGUCUCGAGAAUUAUUCUUCCUUCGUUAUUGUCAGCAAGUUACAGAUGGUACAUGGGCCAUAGCUCAUGUGUCGAUUGAUUCAAUUGAAGGGCGUGUUCUUGAUUCUCCAGUUCGGAGGCUUCCAUCUGGCUGCGUUAUUUAUCAAAUGAAUGAAGAAUUUUCCAUGGUUAUUUGGGCUGAGCACGUGGAAGUGAAUGAAAGGAUUGCUACAUGCUCACGAGGAGGUUUUACUCGUGACAAUGUUGCAUAUGGAGCUGAAAGGUGGCUUUGGGCACUUAAUAGAAUGUGUGAGAGGUUUGUUUGGACUUCAAUAAACAACAUGCCCCCUCAAGCAUCUCCAGAAGAGGUGAAGGGAUUCAAUGCAAGGAUGAGGGCCAUGAGGUUUUCUAAUCGAAUGGUUCAAGGAUUUUUUGGUGUUUUGUAUAAGUUACGUGAUGGUGGCCUUGCACAAUCUUUAGAGGAAAACAACACCGAGAUUAAGAUCUCUCUCCGGAAGAACACAACACCAGGCAUGCCAGAAGGCAUAAUUGCCACUGCCAUCACUUGCAUCAGGCUCCCUGUCCCUCAACAGAAUUGGGAUGUUCUGAGCGGUGGAUUUGCAGUAAAUGAGUUUAGUCAUUUCACAAUGGGUGGAAGAAAUUGUAUUUCAAUUUUGAAGACUUAUAACCGAAUAGAGGGCGAUGUGUUGAUGUUUCAAGAUAGUUAUAUUGAUCCUAUGGGAUCGUAUAUGGUUUAUGCUCCAAUUUCUGAAAAAAACAUGAGCAUGAUUAUGAAUGGGGGAGAUUCAAUGGUUUCAAUUCUUCCUUCGGGAUUUCUGAUAUCUGAAGAUCACAGUGGUACAGUUGCUGAAUCAUCUAAUAGACCAAGAGGCUCAGUGUUAACAAUGGCUUACCAAUUAUUGAUUUGUAGCAACAAUAACACAUCAAUUCAAGAUCAAAACAGGAAAACUGUGGUUAGAAUUGUCGUCUCAGCACUCCAAAACAUUAAGACUUCUUUGAAAAUGUCUGAGGAUUAG